CUCAUCGCCCCGAAGGCAAGAUCCCGAAGAAAAGCGAGGACGGUGAAAAUGGUGAGAGCGAGCCGCCGCCUCCUAAAAGACGCAGCCAACAUCGGCAAGGCGUUCUCCGACUUCUUGGCCUGCCCGCUCUCAAAGCAGCCUUUGAGGCAUUGCGAAGACUCCCAGUCGCGGAUCAGCGAAACAAUUGGGGUAUCCUUUCCCAUAAUUGAUGGAAUCCCUUGUUUGGUGCCCAAGGAUGGUAAGUUGCUUGAGGACCAAAACAAAUCACAGGUUGAAAAUGGUGCUGAUCCAUCUAGUGGGAACAGCGAAAGGGAUCUUCUCUUGGCAGUUAAUAUCUGGGUUACAGGUCUAAUAUGAAUGCAAACAGAUGGGCCAUGCUAUCAACGAGAUUGCUUCAUUUUAAGUUCCAAAAGGGAGAAGAAAAGGAAACAAGAUGCUAUUCUACAUUACCCUACGUGGUGAGUGCAGAUGUAAAUGGGUUGAUAUGAUUUCAGGACAUCAGAGAGGGAGUUCCAGGUUUUUGUGGUUGGUGGUUGGAGUCAUUAGUGCGUGUUUCUUUUGUCAAUUAGAAUUUCAUAGCCACGAAAGGUUCUGAUGAAAUUAGUUGUCGUUGGGGUGCAAUGUAAAGGUGUCAAUAGUAUUACCUGGAUACCUCUAGUUCUUUUGUGUCAACAAUUUGGGAUGCCUGGCAUGAUACAGCGUUCGCCUCUUCUUACCACACUGAAAAUGGAGUUUCCCACUCCAUCACCUAGAAGCGUGCGCUUGUAGCUUUUGGAGUAUUUUGCUAAAUGACAUGAUCUUCAAAUUUUCAAUAAAACAAAGUAUAUGAAGUGCUGAAACACAAAUAGUCUAUUGUGACAAGGCACAGUUUUAUUUACCACAACAAGAACACUUUUUAUACUUCUAUUAGGGAAAUUGUUUUCUUAUUUUUCACAUAUAUUUUUUAUUAUUUGUAUCAUGCAAGUGUCUUUGCCUCGUUGAAGUGUCGGAUGCUUUGGCACACUUGGCACCCAUGCCAAACUUUAUGAUGGUGAGGAUUGGAGCAUGUUUUUCUACUUUGAUUAGAUCAUUUAGCUCAUUUGUGUCAAGGGAUGCAUCCUAGCUAGAAGUAAAUAAAAGAUAAGGUUGUUGUGGUUAGUUCUUACUCAGGUUCUGUUCUUACCUAGUAAACUUGAUGGGCUUUUCCUUCUGCUUUAGAUCUGUUUUUUCAUAUGAUAAUAAUUUUCUCCUCUUGUUCCUUGCAUUUUCUUGUUCUUAUGCUUAUGUAUCAUGCUUUCCUAUUGAUAGAUACCUUUCCAUUUUCUUUCUCUCCUGCCAAUCUAUCGUUAUUCUUCUCAAGAAGACCUGUAGUUGCAUGGUAGUUCACUUAUUUGUUGUCCUUCUGUUAGUUUUCUUAUCUAUCUGCGCAUACCUAUCUGAGAUCCUUGAGUAUCUGAUUUGGAACUCUUUCAGCCUCAGAAAAGAGUUAAAUGUCAUGAUCGCCGAUCUGCCUGUUGUUGUUACCUUACACCCUACCAGUUGUCGUUACCCAUUCUGGUCAUUUAGUCCAGAUCGACUAGCUGCUGCUUUACUUUCAUACUAUUCAGAUGUGAAAAUCCUUUUUAUAUAUAGAAAUCUCGCCAUAUUAUCUCAGCCGGUCUAAAGUGAUUAAAUCCUAGAUUAUAUUGAUCGGUGUUUUUCAAUAUGUUUUAUUUUCUUAAUUAAACUUUCUUUAGCCAAUAAGUUUUGAAAUUAAUAUUUAAACAUAGUUCUUAUCUCAAGUUUAUCAUUAUCGACUGAGAUCUUGGAAAAUCUUGACCACCUCCGUAUUUCUCUAUUUGCCAUAUCGGCCGAGAUGAGGCGAAUCUUGGUUCAUCCUGGUCUUGGCCGGUCACUGAGAUGAUAUAUCGAGGUCUAAAAACCUUGUUGUAGUAGAUUGAUAGCCUAACUGCUCACUUUUUAUUGGAUGCCCCUAUUUGUAUAACCUUUGAUAUCUAUUCUUUCUCCAAUGUCUUUGCACGGCAGCUCGGGUUGUGUGUGACCUCCAUGUUUUUGAUCUCCUCUUUUCUCCCAUCCUGCAUGUUUUUUAAUUUAUUUUUCAUUUAUUCAGUUAAAUCUGAACAGGUAAUUCUAGUAUUCCUUUAGUUAGGACUCAAAUGUGCCGUAUCUAAUUUUAUCCCACUGCUUCCUAGGCUUGUUUGAGAUUUUAAUAACAGUAUUGAAUCUCAAGGUGUUAGCAUAAAAAAUGACAGCUUUCAUGAGUAGGCCUAGCUGCUUUAUUUAAAUCUCUCCAAUCUUAGUUUCAAAGAAAAGGUUCUUCAGUGUAGGUGUAAUUUCCUGAUUCACCUUUAUUUGUUCCAACCAACCUUGUAAUCUAAGAAAAUUCUCCUGAAUAAAUAGACCCCUUUAACAUACUUGUAACACUCUCAUUAAAGGGUUAUCUUUAUAACACAUAUCGUUAUGAUAUCUCUAGCACUCAUGAGCCUUUAU